GAAAUAUUGUCCACAUAUUCACACAAUAUUGGUGAAAGUGGCUUCUUCAUUAAUUUUUCUCUGAAAGGAAAAGCUUAAUCAUGCGUUUACUUAUCGUCUUGGCCUGCUUGAUUUCUUGCGGGCUCGCUGCGAAGCAACAAUCAAUUACCACCGUAAAUGGACUACGUGGAUUAUACGCCCCUGGUGAUUUGAUUUGGGAAGACACCUUCGAUACCUUUGACGCAACGAAAUGGGAUUAUGAAGCUAACAUGAAUGGUGGUGGGAACAAUGAGUUCCAAGUUUACGAGCGGAACGAGUCCAACGCAUAUGUCACCAAUGGUGUCAUGCAUAUUAAGCCUGACUUAACCGUCGACCACCUUGGGGGCAAUUAUGAACAUUUCUACAAUGGUUAUCAUUAUGUUGAGUGCUGCACCGAUCCACCCCGAGGAGGUGCAUGCGAUCGUCAAGCUGGAUACCCAAACAUUUUGCAGCCUGCAUAUUCAGCAAGGCUUCGAACCAAAGGUCGGUUUUCUUUCAGAUAUGGAAAGGUUGAAGUUCGUGCCAAAUUGCCGAGGGGAGACUGGAUGUGGCCUGCAAUUUGGAUGAUGCCCGAACAUGCUGUUUAUGGGGGGUGGCCGUCAAGUGGAGAGGUGGACAUUAUGGAGAGCAGAGGAAAUAGAAAUCUAUUCAACCCUGCAGGUGUCAACAUUGGGACGGAGCAGGUCGGGUCGACCCUUCACUUUGGGCCUUUCUGGCCCCACAACGGUUACUGGGCUGCCCAUAAUACGACAAAUUCCGAAGCAACUAAUGGAUAUGAUCAAGACUUUCACCUCUACCAACUGGAGUGGACCGAGUUUGGAUUCCUCUUCAGGGUUGACAACCAGACAGUGACUCGCGUUGUUCCACCAGCAGGUGGAUUCUUUGAGCUUGGCCAAUUCGACCCAACUAUUGAGAAUCCAUGGACAGAAGCAGGAGGGGCCAUAAAUCCACGAAUGGCUCCGUUUGACCAAGAAUUCCACUUUAUCCUGAAUGUUGCCGUGGGAGGAAACUUUUUCCCGACGGAUUCGACCCCUCCACGACCUUGGGAAACAGCACAGACAUUCCUUUCCUUCUGGGAGGCUAGGGACGACUGGCUGCCUUCUUGGCAAGGCGAUGACGCGGCUCUUCAGGUCGACUAUAUCCGUGUAUGGGCAGUCUGAGGUGUUGGAACGUUUUCAAACCGAAUCCAUCCCAUCCGUAGCAAAAGUAAUGAGCAAUUAAAAUUAAAUUAAAGCAAUGAGUAACUAAAUUUGUCAGUAGUGAAACCGAUUCAUUCCUUGAUUAUUGUAAACAAAAAAGAACAAAAUUGCUAAUUGCAUGUCUAAUAAAAAUCAUCAAAGUUAAUACUUAAA